CCAAAGAUAGAUCUGAGGUAAUGGUUAUAAAUACAUCAUGAUUUGUUUUUUAAAAAGGAAGCAUUAGCAAAUAAGUGGAAACAUCUAUUUUCCAUUCUAAAUCGCGUUAGGAAAAAGAUGGAUAUGAAGUUCCUGCAGUGUAUUGUACUUCCCUGUCUAAUGGCAGCUGCUGUAGCAGAUUUUGUGGACUCCGAUGCGACAUGUACCAUCCUCAACGGUCAGUGUGAGACUCGGUGCACGUGCAAUGAAGGGUACACGCACAUGGACGAGCAAUGUUUUGCCAAAGUUGGAAGAAGUUGUGCAAUGAAUACCGACUGUGUUCCCGAUGCUUCAUGCACUGGUUCUACAGGAUCCCAAACGUGCCAAUGUCCAAAUUCCCUGGUGCCCAGUUUUUAUGAUACUAAAUGCAAAGUUAAAGUAGGAGCUGAGUGCAAGGAUUCCAGUGAUUGCAUGAUUCACAGUGAAUGUAGAACAGGAACCUGUGCCUGCAUGGACAAUUACACGCCUUCUUCUGAUAACAAGACAUGCAUUGGUUAUGUUGGAGCAGAGUGUGAUGACAUCAGUCAGUGCAUUGAACAUGCGGCAUGCAGCGGUGGGAAAUGUAAAUGUGCCGACGACUAUGAAGGGAACAAAACGUGUCAAAAGAAAGAGUCACUGAAUGAGACGAAAAAAAUUGCGAUUGGUGUAUGCCUAGGAUUUUUUCUCGUACAUGGUCGGUUGACAUGUAUGAUUGACAACGAUGCUGCCCCUCUUAAGCUUGCUGCCACAGCGUCAGUUGGUCGUGCAAAACCUUGAACGUUGAAUGUAACGCAAUAGCACAUAGUCGUAAAGGUCUUAAUGUAUUUUCUCAACUGCGGAAAACGCACAAAGUCACGACCAUAUCUCAGAAUGGGCAUAUUGAUUAUUGAUCAGGUAUUUAACUAAUUAGAAUUGUGUUUCCAACUACGAAGAUCUGCUUAUCUGUAUUUUGCGAGUGAAGAAGAAGCUUAAAAGAAUAUAAAAAUUACGGUAUUGAUUAUUCUGUACAUUUAGUAAAAAAAUGGCCAAGCUUAAGCAUGACAGAAGUACCUUGUUGAACCUGGCUAAACGACUGAUAUGUUUCUGAUGAUAUACUUUAAAGAUUUUGUUACAAAGUAUGCAGACUGUGAUAAAUUCUGACGAAAAUACGUAACAGAAAAAUCUGGAAUACCGUCAAGUAGUGUUUUAUUUAUCGCUGUGUAA